UUCAAAACUGAGCAUAACGGUAACGGCUUCUUUGCCUGAUGUGAGUGCUGGUCAUCGAUACGGUGUCAGUUUUAGGCAAUUUUCUUUUCGCAAUCGGAGAAAAAUUGGUCUUCUUCACGAACAGAGCUGAUUUGUCUUCUCAGUGAACGUCGCAUAAGAGAGAUCGUUGUUGAAAUCGACGAAGCUGUCAUUUUUCAAGCCACGACAAUACCCUGUCAAUCGCAUCACGAUGUGACGCCUGGCGAAGGCGAUCGAGAUAAACAAUUCUGGCCUACAAGUGUAAAAAACAUGGUUUUAACAAAAAGGACAGCUGUCUUGGCAGCAGGGAGGCAAAAGUAAUGGGAGAGAAACAGAUAUUGCCUGGUGAAUCAGCCAAGCCGAGCACAAGUGGUAGCACGAUGGUGCAAGCUGGGGACAGCUCCGAGAUAUCCAUCAAAGUGAUCGUGAGAAUUCGUCCGGCCAAUGAACGCGAGUUGCAGAACAACAGCAAAACGGCAGUCGAGGUAGUCGACGACAAGAUGCUGAUCUUCGAUCCCAAGGAGCAGGACGAGCCCUUCUUCUUUCACAAUGUGGCACAGAAGAGCAGAGACAUGUUGAAGAAACAGAACAAGCAACUACAAUUCAUCUUUGACAGGAUUUUCAACUUUAUGUCCACUAACACCGAUGUCUUCGAAGGCAGCACCAAAAGCCUGAUCACCAACCUCCUUGAUGGCUACAAUUGCUCUGUGUUUGCCUACGGUGCUACCGGUGCUGGUAAAACUCACACCAUGCUGGGGCACAGGGAGGAUCCUGGCAUUACAUACCGCACCGUAGCAGAGCUUUUCUGCGAGAUUGAAAAACAGAGCAAGCAUCGCGAAUUUCACUUGGCCGUAUCCUACUUGGAAAUAUACAACGAGAACGUCCAAGAUUUGUUGCACAAGUCUGGCCAGUUGCACCUGAGAGAGGACGGUAGAUGUGGAGUUGUGGUCGCUGGUUUGGAACCAAUUGCUAUUCAGAGCGCCGAAGAAUUGUUAUCCCUCUUAGCAGAGGGUAACAAGAACCGUACACAGCAUCCAACGGACGCGAAUAAGGAGAGCAGUCGAAGCCACGCGGUUUUCCAAGUUUACAUCAAGAUGAUCAACAAGCUGGACAGUCAAGUGCAGCGCGUCAAGCUGUCUAUGAUCGAUCUGGCUGGUUCUGAGAGAGCCUCAGCUACUGGGUGCAAGGGUAUUAGGUUUAAGGAAGGUGCUAACAUCAAUAAAUCCCUGUUGGCGCUUGGAAAUUGUAUAAACAAUCUGGCAGAUGGUAUUAAACAUAUUCCAUAUAGAGAUUCGAAGCUCACGAGGCUGCUGAAGGAUUCCCUCGGUGGGAAUUGCCAUACUGUUAUGAUAGCCAACAUCGGUCCCUCCGGCCUCACCUACGAAGACACGUAUAAUACCUUAAGAUACGCGAAUCGUGCAAAGAAGAUUAAAUCCUACGCUAAAAAGAAUGUGUCCUGCGAGACCCAUAUUACUGGUUACAUCAAGAUCGUAGAGGAACAGAAGAAGGAAAUAGAUACCUUGAAGUCGAGACUAGCUGCUUUCGAGAACGGAACGUUGCAAUCAUCAAAUAAACCAAAUAAAUUAAUGUUGGAAACGCAUUGUAAGCUUACAAAGUUAUACGAGAGGAAGAAGGAUCUGAUUGAAAGGGUGCUGACUCUGGAGAGCUCUGAUAAGAUUUUGGCCUGCAGGAUGCUCUAUAAGAAGGACGCGGAUGAGAGGUUGCACAAUUUAACGCUGGCUGCCGAGGAUCAGCCGGUGGAAGAGCAAAACGCCAGUGGAAAGUCUCGCAUCAACAAGUCCCUGCACUACUUCCAGCGACAGAGGGACUCCCUCAGAGCACAGAUGCAAGCAACCUGGCAGGAAUUGUGCUCGGUCGAGGCGGAGAUACAGGAGACGAUUUCCUCCCAAUUGAAGGUCAAGCCCUUUGAGGAGAGUUUGCAGAAUAAAUUGGCUCUGCAGGUCUCCGACAUUGAGAAAUGCUGGAUUCCCAUAAUGCAGCAGCACACGAAGAAGCUCGAUAGUCUCCAGCAAUGCGAGAGGCAAUCCAUCAAUACUAUAAUGAAAGUGAUGAGUAAUACGUUGCAAAAUUAUUACAAUAUGAUGAAAGACUGUGGAACGGUGACUGAUAAGAUGCAACUGGAGUUCAAGGAGUUGAUAAAGCUGCUGGAGGGUAUCCGUAACAUCAAGUGGUCCGACUCGGACAUAAGUAAUGCUGAGAAUUCCACUGUAUUUACCUGUUUGAGUACAGUAGGAAUGGAUCCUUUGAAUAAUACUAUAUCAACGAUUGCAAUAGCAUCAAAGACCAAUGAUGAGGAGUGCGAUACCAAUAAUUUAAAUUCCACCUUUGUUGCUGCUGCGAAUGAAAAUGAUGACAAUGUAUUUAAUUCAAAUGACGAUAAUAAUGGUCAUGAAAAUAACGAAUCUGUGCAAGAAAAUCCUUGUGAGAAGACGAUAGCAAAGAAACGUGUGCUAUCUGACAAGAACAGCGAGAAUUCCAGCUACAGACCCCCCAAGCAGAUGAAGAAAGUAUUAACGAACAAUAAUAAAAGUGUUGUACAAAUUAAUAGUCGAAUAGAUAAGGAGAACGUGAAUAAGCAGAAGCCUAUUCAAAUGAGCGCCAAAAGUAUUGCCAUUCUAAACAAGCUGAAGAGUAAUACAAUUAAUCUUACACCUCCUCCAGCUACUCUGUCUGCACAAAAUAAUGCUGAAGAAACAGUGAUGUUUAAGGCGAUACGUAAUAAAGAGAGGCGAGGUCUUACGGCAACGCAUCCAUAUAAAUCUACUGUUGGAAAAAGACCAGCUCCAGCUCUACCAUCUACUAGAGUUCCAUGGUAAUAUUAGAUAAAAAUUUGAGGUACCUGCAUCCAAUGCGACAACGCUGGGAGAAUAGGACUUAUAAAUAUUGUGCUAAUAGUUAUAAUUUUGACAAGAAUCUAUAAGUAAAACUGAAUACAAAAUGUAUGUGACAUUGGA